UAUUGUCUGUCAAACGAAAAACGUACAUCGGUCAUCGUCCAUUUUGAACCUGGCAAGCUUCAUCGUGAAAAUACAUUUUGCAAUAUCGUCAAAUUACAGUGCUUAAGUCAUAGUUAGUCAAUUGAAAAAAUUUGUGUUCCAACGCUGUGAAAUAAAAAGGAAGAUGACAUUGCCGAGUGCUGCACGAGUCUACGCGGAUGUUAAUUCUCAUAAACCGCGUGAAUAUUGGGAUUAUGAAAACUACGUUGUCGAUUGGGCGAAUCAGGAUGACUAUCAAUUGGUGCGAAAAUUGGGCCGGGGCAAGUAUAGCGAGGUAUUCGAGGCAAUCAAUGUGACCAACAAUGAAAAGUGUGUGGUGAAAAUUCUGAAACCAGUGAAGAAGAAGAAAAUCAAACGUGAGAUCAAAAUUUUGGAAAAUCUCAGAGGUGGAACAAAUAUAAUUACGCUGUUGGCGGUUGUUAAGGAUCCAGUGUCACGCACUCCGGCCCUAAUCUUCGAGCAUGUCAAUAAUACGGAUUUUAAACAGCUGUAUCAAACGCUCAACGACUACGAUAUUCGUUACUAUUUAUACGAGUUGUUGAAGGCAUUGGACUACUGCCAUAGUAUGGGAAUCAUGCACCGCGAUGUGAAGCCACACAACGUGAUGAUCGAUCAUGAGAAUAGAAAGCUACGUUUAAUCGAUUGGGGACUAGCUGAAUUUUAUCAUCCCGGCCAGGAAUACAAUGUCCGGGUGGCCAGCCGAUAUUUCAAGGGACCCGAACUACUAGUUGAUUACCAAAUGUACGAUUAUUCAUUGGACAUGUGGUCAUUGGGCUGUAUGCUUGCGUCGAUGAUAUUCCGCAAAGAACCGUUUUUCCACGGUCACGAUAACUACGACCAACUGGUUCGCAUCGCUAAGGUUUUAGGCACCGAAGAGCUGUACGCAUAUUUGGACAAAUAUAAUAUUGAGCUCGAUCCACGUUUUAACGAUAUAUUGACGCGACAUUCGCGCAAACGAUGGGAACGUUUCGUUCACACAGACAACCAGCAUUUGAUAUCACCAGAAGCAUUAGACUUUCUUGAUAAGCUACUUCGUUACGAUCACUACGAACGUUUGACAGCCCGUGAGGCCAUGGACCAUCCAUAUUUCUUGGCAUUGGCCAAUGUAACGAAUGCCGCUUCAAAUUCAACUUAAAAAUUCAUCCAAUCAAAUAAACUUUCCGUUUUCAACGUCCCAACUCCCUUCAAUACGCCCGUGGUUUCGCAGUUGAAUCACGGAUAAACAUACAUUACACACACACACAACAAACACCGUUAUAGACAUCAACCAGAACAACUAUUUAUCCAACAAACAACAACAACAACAGCAAGAAAGUAAAUAUACAACGCGCCCGUUUUUUAAAAAAAUGAAAACCAUACCACUACACAAUUUGCAUUGGAAAUCUUAAGUUUUCAAUUUUGUUUUGUUUGUUUAAAAAAAUAAUUUUUUUCUUGAAUCUAAAAAAAUUAAUAAAAUUUGGAACAAAAUGAAAAUCAAUCUUAACUUUGAAACAAGACACCGAUUUAAUGGGACCAUACCCCCCAGAGCAAGAGAGAGAUAUAGAGUUCUGCUAAAUCGACGUUAAAUGAACAACAACAACAACAUCAGUACGAAAAAUAUGGGUAGUGCAACUUGACAGUAACAAUGAAAUUGAAAAACCAUAACAAAAGAAUGAAACAGCAUCCCGACACCAACUCAAAAUCAACAUCAAACAAACAACAAAGUAAAAGAAAAUGAGAAAAAUUCCUACAUCAAUCAACAUCAUGGUGGACAUUUUUUUUUUAAUUAAUUAUAAAAACAAAAUUAAAAUAAUUUAAAAAAUGAUGAGAAAAAAUGAUGAAAAUACAAGAUUAAUAAAAUAUAUAAAUAUAUUAAUAAAAAUAAAGAAAAAAUGGAAAGAAAAAGUAAAAAAAGUAAAUUAAACAAGAGAGAGAGAGAGAGAGAGAGAAAGUAAGGAAAAAAAACACUGCAAAAAUUAAUAAACAAUAAAUCGGUACUGGUCAAUUUAGCAUCUGAAUAGACAAAAAUUUAAUUGUUGUUGUUCUUCUUGUUAAUCCUUUUUUUUGUAUAACUAAUUAAAUUCCGGUGAUUUUUUUUUUAUUAAUUGAAAACUCAAAUUUUUCCAACGAAAAAUUCAGAAUCUAUUCCACAAGUUUAAGAGAAAAACCAAACAUUACAAAAAAUACAAUAUAAUUCACGAACUGGACGAGUGUUUUGAAGGCAUUGUUGUUGUUGCAUUUGUUUUUUUUUUAUAAAUUUUAUUUUUUAAACAAAAUCAAAUUUAACAAAUGAGCCAAAUUGCGCACAUUCGAUUUAUUGUUUAUUAAUUCAUGUCACGGCUCAGUAAAAAAAAUUAUAAAACACAAAAAAAUUAACAAAAAAAAAAUUAUGAUGAAAAAAAAAACAAUUUGUAUUAGGACGAUCUUCUAACGUAUUUCUGGUAUUGUAUUUAUUCAAUUAAAAAUCCAAACAAAUACAUAAUUUGCAAUUGUUUA